GGACGCGACACAGGGAAGGGUGAUACACGACCAAACAGAGAGGAGAGGGGGAGAUCCCUGUCAGGCUUCUCUUUGACCUUCCUCCUCUUAAGUUCUUUUCUUCUCCCUCACUCCCCCCACCCACCCCCCACCCCCACCCCCCCCGUGUGUCGUGGGUCUCCUUGCCUUCGUCCUCAUCGCUCCCCUCACUAGGUGCCUCGGCUCUGCCUGGACAGUGGCUCCAUCGAUGCAAAAUGGGUUGUGGCAAUUCCUCAGCCACCAACUCCUCAGGAGGAGGGCCUGCAGAAGCUUCCAAAGAUGUGACAGAAGAUCCUUUGGCAGAAGAUGAGAAAAGAAGGAAUUAUGGAGGUGUCUAUGUGGGUUUACCAGCAGAUCUGACCACUGUAGCUGCUAGUCAGUCCAAGUCCACACGGAAAGACUAGCAGCUCCACAAGAGAACACCACACAGGAUUGUGCACAUUGAUUCACCUGAAGACGCUUGGGUCUAUAAGCAGAGUUAGUGCUCGUGUCCACUGAGCAAAGGUGUAAACCGUCCAACGGAGCAAAGAUAGGGACAGUUUUCCAGGAUUCAUCUUUCAUCCAACAAGUUUUAAAACUGUUCUAGAUGAGGACUAAACUUUGGGCUGGCAACUGUGGGCAGCAGCAGCUGUCCGUUUUGGGCACAUGGCCACGUCCCUGGAACCUUCUCAGGAAACAGCGGAGGAUCUGAUUAACUUGGCCACUAACUGUGGGGUGCACACUCCUUCUGCAAUAAUAAUCAGCUGCUAGUUGUUUCACUACAGCACAGUUUUGAUUCAUUGCGUUGCAAAGGGAAGGAGUUCAACAGAACAUGUAACUAUCACAAAAACCUUUUUAAACCAGGGGUCUGCUGCAGCAGCAGAGUGAAGCUAAUUAAACUGUUUAACUGGAGUUCCUAAAUUAUCCAUUUGCCACCUAACCUGGAUCCCACAUGGAUUAUCUAGAGUCAGCAGAAAGGUCACAAGACUCCAAAGAGCUUUGAAUCCUUCUUCCUCGCUCGCUUCUCUGGUUUUGCAGCAUCAUUCUUCCCCCUCCACCAGGAAGCUCUGAUUUUGGUAGUUUUCAGCCACUCAUAGUGCACAAAAAUCCCUUUUGUUAGGUUUCCAGAAGUGUCUAGUAGUUUCUUUAAAUGUCACAACAUAAAUGUAUAUUUCCAAAAACGUGUCUUAAGAAUAUUUGUAGGGGGACAAUAAAUAUCUGAGGAAGAAGGAAUUUUGAAUGACUUUGUUGCAGUAUGUAUCAAACAGAAGAGGGAGUGCUUUAAUGUGUGUAAAAUCUCACAGGAAAAAGCUGUUUUUGUUCAUAUUUUCCUAAUUUUUUUUUACAAAACCACUAUAAAUACACAAUCAAACCAUUUCCAAGUAGACCAUGAUUGCUGGCGCUGUUAUAGACUAAUGAAUGAGCAGCUUUGUUAUGUUAGAGGUGGUUGGUUUCAGCCCAACUUCAUACAGAAUGAUUGAAAACAGAUGAAAAAAAAAAACUUCUCAAAAUCGGAGAGAAAUCACGAGAAACUCCAUUUGUCUUAAACAAAAAUGUACAUUUAUCAUCUUCUAGUCUGCCAGUAAAUGAAUAGAGUUGAAUAUAUUGUCCUAUGCGGUAAAUGAAAUUUGAUGAUGUCAAAUGAUGCAUUUACUAUUUGUAUCCUAAAUUAGUUGCUGAAAUAUGAAAUAAAAAAGCCAUGGAUGCUGGUAUUUCACUCCAAAUCAAUUAAAAGCAAUUCUUUAAAUUUUCCAAUUUUGAAAACUUUUGGAAAUUUACAUUCAUUCAAAAAGACUUUUAGGCUAAAUAAAAAAAGAAAUAAUUUUUUUCUCAAGGAACCAUAAAAACAGAAAAAAAUUCCUCAAAUCAGUAAUUUAAAACCGAAUGAUAGAAGAGGAGACUUUAGUGUAAACCAAUACAUUUGUGAUUUUAUUAAGACUUGCUGUUUGUUCUAAUGAUCACAGCUUUAUUCUUUAUUCUUCUGUCUCUGGGUGCACGAGAGGCUACGGCUAACCCUCUUACUAAAACAACAGUUCAAGGUUUUCAUUCACCUGUUUGUAUCUUUGCCUUUAAUAAAAGCUCUAAAGCAUCAGCUCACAUUAUUUAUUAACAAUCACCCCAGUGAUAGAGGUAGAAAUCCUGCUGACGGCUCUAAAGCAGCGGUUGGAUCUUACAAAGGCACCUUAGAAAUCAUCAUGUUUUCUCUCUUGCUGCUCCAGCCUUCCUGCCUCGGUGGGCGGGGGGCCUUUAACAGUGCGUUGCUCGGCCUGUCUCCCCCUCUUCUAUCAGCCUUGCCGUGCCCUUUAAGGCUGUUCCUCCUGGAUGUGAUGAAUGUCACUUCCUGUGCCCUAUUCAGCUACCUGAACAGGGACAAGGGGGCAGGAUGUGGAUAAAUUGAACUGUCUAAUGCCAUUUACUGUAAAAUACAUCUGUACCUUCUGCAGCACAGCAUGCUGUGUGAAUGUAGAGGAGGAUGUCCUCUGAGAGGGAACACCGUGUGUUAUACAGAUCACGUACUUUAUGCUGAAGCUUGCAGAUCAAUCUUUCUUUUUACGUGUUUUAAAAUAUAAGAUUCUUCUGUAAUAAUAAAAGGAUAAAAAUCCUAUUAAGGUCAACACAGUCGGCUAUCGUUUUAAUAAUUAAACAAGUAUUCAGCACACUGGGGAAAAUCAGGGGUGGUCAUUAAUAAAUCAUCAUGGACUCAUUAGGUGAAGAAUCGUUUGAAUCAAUGAUAACUGCUGAUUUCAUGCAAUUUAUUAAAUGUUUUUGCUGUUUCUUUGACUUUUUUCAGCUGAGUUGUAUGAGUUUGCAAAUAACUACAUUUUUAUUGAAUUUUCCUUUUCAGCCUUUUCACCAAGUUUCCUAUUAGUUGUAUUUAUUUUGUAUGACCUUGGUUUGAGUUUUCUAUGACUUCACAGAAAUGCUGAACGUAAGUGUUUUAAACAGGUUCCAAGUGUCUCACCUGUAAAUUACUACUUGUUUAUACAUUUCAAAGAAGAUUAAAGUUACAUCUCCUUUGUGAUUUAUUUCUGCCGUUAGAUGAUAUUUAUUGUUCAUAUUGAUAAUGCAAAGGUCACCACAAUUACCUGACCCUCGUUGCGUUUGCUCUGAGCCUGAAAGUUCACAUCUCUCUCAUGUGUUUAUAGAUCAAAAGGAGCUUAAAGAUAAAAAGUGAACACAUGGAAUUAUUGAUGAGUUGAUCAAAUUUUAUUCAGUAAAUAUAAAUUUGAGUCAUAAAUUACACUGUCCAACUAUAAUAAAGCUGCAUUUAAAGUGGCAGUGUGUAGUUUUCUGGCGCUAGGGGGUAGUACAUACAUUUCUGGGUAGUUUCACAUCAUACACCAUGCGACUGUCGCUAGUUUAAAAAAACGUUACAGUAAAUUUUCUUUCUUGGGGAGCAGAAAGCUUGUAACCUCGGCGUGGCUCCUCAUACUUUGAUGUUUCUUCAGUUAAUUUCAUCAAGAGAAUGCAAUACUAAGUGUAGUUUUCUGGUGCUGUAUUUUCUGAACCUGCUCAGAGUCCUGCAUCUACCGACGACGUCCUCAUACUACGGCAAUGCCACUUGGUCAAAAUAUAUUGAAUUUUGUUUUCGAUUGCGUUCUUUCACAUAUUUUUUAGAAAGAGUUUAGCAGUUUUAUUAUAAAAUUUGUGUUUCUUACUGCCUAAAUGUUGUUGAACAUGGUAACGAUUCAGUCCUGUCUACUGCAGCAUAGGAUGAGGGGCGCAGAAGUGGACGAACAUCUGACUGCAUGGACCAUCAACUACCUCACCAACAGGCAACAGUACAUGAGGCUGCACAACUGUGCAUCUGAGGUGGUUGUGUGCUGUACAGGAGCUCCACAAGAAUGACCUUCAUAGUCACCUCCAGAAGUUCUCUGAUGACUCGGCCAUUGUCAGCUGUGUGUCUGAGGGGAAUGACCUGAAGUACGGGUCAGUCAUCACAGACUUUUUGAACUGAUGUGAGCGUAAUCACCGUCGCUUGAACACCAGUGAGACAAAGGAAAGGGUGAUUGACAUCAAGAAAAACAGCCUCCUCCUCACUCACCAGUAAACAUCCAGGGAGCAGACAAUGAGGUGGUGAAUGCCUUUAAAUACCUGGGUGUUCACCUCAACAGCAAACUGAACUGGUCUAACAAAACAGAUGUUCUGUAUAGGAAGGGCCAAAGUCGCCUCCACCUCCUGAGGAGGCUGAGGUCCUUCAGAGUUAAUUCCCAUCUGCUAAAAUCCUUUAUCACUGUGUGGUUGGCUCAGUUAUCCACUCAGCUGUGGUCUGUUGGGGUGCAGGCAGCUCUGACCGAGACAGGAAGAGACUGAACAAGCUAGUUCACAAUAGUGAUGGGAAUUCCAGCUCUUUUUAGAGAGCCGGUUCUUUUGGCUCAGCUCACCAAAAACAGCCGGCUCUUUCGGCUUCCAAGUGGCUCCUCAGAUUUUUUUGUUGUGUAGAGUAUAUUUAUGACCAAAAUAAUGCAAAACUAUAUGUAAAAUGAUUUACUAAUGUAAAAAAAUGCAAUAUAUCAAAUAUUUAUCAUUUCUAUGGAUUUAAUAACUGAACACAUUAAGAAAUCUCCACUUUCCGACUGCUGGCGCUCAUUUUCUCACCGUCUUCGUCACACUCUCCUUCCUCUUGCUCGCCUUUUUCCUCCUCCUCAUUCCCUCUCAUCUCCCUCCACUCGCAUGUGCUCUGCUGUGUGUCUGAGUCUGAUCCUCCCUCUUCCCCGCCCCUACUGCUCUGUGUGUGGACAGUCUGGACACGCAGUUACACAUGUUGACCAAUCGCCUGUAGCUUUCACCAAAGCAAGAGGGGAGGGGCGAGGGGAGGGGACGGCUCCUAAUGACGAGCCGGCUCCCGUCGUUCACUUCAUCUCUUAGAGCCGAUUCGUUCGCGACCGACACAUCACUAGUUCACAAAGCUUGCCCGGUGCUAGGUUCCCACUGGAUUCAUUUGAGGAGACGUGUGAAAGGAGGAAGCUGGGGAAGAUGACCUCCAUCUUUAAAAAAAUACCUCCCACCCACUGCAUUCCACUGUGGAGGCAAUGGAGAGCUCCUUCAGAGGCAGACGGAGACAUCCCAGAUGUAAAUCAGAACGCUACCUUAGGUCAUUCAUCCCCUCUGCAGUAAGAGUGUAUAACUCCUCAGUUUAAGUUGUACUGUUACACAAUAACACCAAUGCAAUAUUCAGUAUGUGUUCAAUACCUGUGCAAUAACGGAUAUACAUAAUAUUGUAUGUUUUACACAUUUGUAUUCUACUAGAAUGUUUCACCUUUUUUGUAAUUUGUAAUCUGUAAUUUGAAUUGCUUUUAUUUUCUGAUUUAUUCACUUUAUCUGACUUUGUACUGUACAGUGUUCAGCGCCUUGGGCUUCCUGACAGGGUUGCGGAAGGCACUUUAUAAAUAAAGCUUUGAUUGAUUGA